AUGGACCGCGUCCGAGAUCUCCGGAAAGUCCAAGCAGAACGUGUGAAGACGAGCCACGACGAGCUGAUCCGCGUCGCCAACGAAAGACUGGAGUCCAGCCCGUGGCUGGCCCGUGUAGGAUGGGCGGUGCACUUAAAAGGGCUCAGUGCCAGCGCACUCUUCAACACAACAGCUCCCAUCAAUGAAGAUGAGGUCGUGCUUCAGGCGAUGUGGGCGACGGUCGACCGCGUGCUGGACCAGGCUCGAGCAACGUCUGCGCCCAAUACCGUCGGGCUGGCCGUGCUGUUCGAGGCGCAGCGUACAGAAGCGCACGUCAAGCCAAGGCGGCCGUUCGACAACCGCAUGGAGGACGACACGUGGGCGAGAUACAAGGGCGUGUGGCUAUGUCUGCUGUGUGUCUGGUUCCGCACGCAGGAAAUGGACGACGACAAGCGGCCACCGUAUAAACUGACGCCGUCACAGGCAGAAGCGUGGGACUUGUUCGAGCAGAUGGCGGAAGUAGCCAGCACGGGGACGGGGCAUCAGACGCAGGAGAAGCUGGAACGCGCAGCACUCGACAUGCUCAUCAGCAUGCUGGACCACCAGCUGAAGGGCGGAGACUACAGCAGUGCUCUUCUCAGCGCUCUCGCGGUGAUGGGCAUUGCCGAGAAUGGCGGCUGGGUUCAGAUCACGGACUACACGACGAAGUACUCGGCCGUGGUCAAGGUAGCGCGCAUGCUGGUGAUCCAUCAGGCAUACACCGAGCGUCGUGACGAGGUCGCCGAGCUGGAAACGUCUCUGGGGAAGGAUGAAGCAGAGGACGCGGCGCGGAGUUUAUUCCAGCACACGCGGGCGAAGGUGCGGCGGUUCAUGACGCGGACGACGGGCGACAAGGAUGCGGAGCCGACACCGAAGGACUGGAUUCUCGAGACGCGGACGUACGGGAUGCACAUCCAAUAUAACACAGCAGCGGCCGGUGUCAUCGACUGGGUCGGUGAUCGCGUGUCAUACAGACGGGUACGGUUCACGAUGGGGCAGCUGUCGGACGCACUACAUGAGCUGGUCCGAGAGACGCGGGAGCUGCUCGCAGAGCUGACGGCGACGGAGGAUUCGGGUUCGGCGGACGGUCCGGAAAGCGACGUCCGGUCACAGCUGCCAGCCAUCCCAUGGUCGUCGAUCGAAGACGACCACAGCGAGACAAAGCCCGGGUACUCGUUUCUCGCCGACGACCGCAACAGCUGGGUUUCCGCCGGGGACGGCUGGCUGUUCAUGCGGCUGGCGCGGUCGCCCGCCGCUGCGGAACGGUGGGGACUGAGCAGCAUAGGCAACGGUCGCGGGACGACAGACCGGCCGUUCCAGCCGUCAGCCGUGCAGGAGUUCGGUAGGACGUUUGAACGACUCCGCGAGCGACUGUGGAUGCUUCUGCACAUGCUCGGCGGACAGCCGGCGCGGGCGAGCGAGCUCGCAGGUCUGCGGACGGUCAACACGGGCAUCAUGCACGAGGCCAGCGGGUACAGCGCGUUCAUAUGGGCGGACGACAUCAUCCGGCAGAGGGACUCGGAAGAAAGCAGCGCGGCGGCAGGAUUAGAAGAGCAAAGUGGUGACAACAUGGAUAUCGGGGAUGGCAACAAUCACAGUGCAAAUGCAGAUGAGGCUGGGGAUGAGAGCACAAGUGUGGGCGACUGGACGUGGAAAGAGGAGCGAACGUGGACGACAGACAGGGCGCGGCGGAUCAUGCAACGGACCAGCAUGAGACUGCUGGGAUGCCAGGUCAACGUGAGCAUGUGGCGGCACAUCGCCAUCGGCAUCGCUAACCGCUACUUGAACGAGUCGUUCGGCCGGCCGGGCGGAGACGACGCCGGCGUGGGAUCGGAAGAGGGGACGGACGAGGUCGAGGACAGCCCGUGGGACUUGCAGGCGGGGCACAGCACGCGGAUAGCGGGCAUGAUCUACGCGCGAGAGCUCAUGCAGUUCGGCAGCGGUCUCGCGGCGAGGCAGCAACAGUUCCGCCGAGUCAGCCGUCAGUGGCACAGGUUUCUGGGCUUCGGCGCCGAGGAUUCGGAGUCGAAAUGGGGUCCCGCGGGCUGCAAGAGGAAAAAGACGGAGGCGUACGAAGGGCCACGGCUCGCAGCCAGGCUCCGACGGUUUGAGAAGCUGAGGAGAAUCGACUUGGAGGGCCAGCUGCGGCAGAUGACGGGUGACGACUCGGCGAUGUUCCGCGGGAACCAGAGAGAAGCGGUGCUCGCCAUCGCCAGCGGGCACACGCCGAUCGUGCAGGUGAUGGGGACGGGCGGUGGCAAGAGCGUCUCGUUCAUGCUGCCGGCGUUCUGCUCGCCGGACGGAGUGACGGUGGUCGUGACGCCGCUGGUGGCGCUGCGGUCGGAUCUGCACAGGCGAUGCGUCAAGGCGGGGAUCACAUCUCACGUGUGGCAGGGCCGGAAGAACAACCAGGCGGCGUCCAUCAUCUUCGUCACGCCCGAGUCAGCCGUCACAAAGGGGUUCAGGGACUUCAUCGCACGGCUGGAAGGGAGGCAGGCGCUGGACCGCGUCGUCGUGGACGAAUGCCACGUCGUGCUCGAGGGGUCACGGAGCUUCCGGCCGCGGCUCAGAGAGCUCGGAGAGGCGAUUCGCGAGUUCGGCGUACAGACGAUAUGCUUGACGGCGACACUUGCGCCGACGGACGAGUAG